UUUAGAGACAACCUGACCUGUUUCUGUGGUUCUAUAUCCGGGUGAAGCACUCUAAUUGUUGUAGGUCACUUGAUGUUUACUAAACAGAACAUGUAGCAGUCUCUAGGACUUUUUCACUAAACAUCUACAACUAUCUGUGAUACCCAUGAAGAAUUCAUCAUUCAGUUUUAAAACAGCAGGAUGUCUAAACCAGUUAUCAAUAAUUUGAGGUUUAAUCAAGACCACGGAUGUUUCAGCUGUGCUUCAGAUACUGGCUUACGUCUCUUCAACAUAGAACCACUCACAGAAAAGUUAAAUGUCGGAAAAGAAAAUAUUGGUAGCAUUUCUCAUGCUGAAAUGUUGUUCCGUACCAACCUUAUUGGAAUUGUGGGAGGUGGAAGUUGUCCAAAGUUUGCUGACAAUACUGUGUUGAUCCGGGAUGAGAGUCAAAAGUCGGAAAGGAAGUUUGCCCUUGAAUAUAUUUUCUCACAACCUGUCAUGAAUAUACGCAUGAAGAGAAACAAACUGUUCUGUGUGCUGCGAAAUGAAAUCCAUGUGUUUUCUUUCCCCAAUAACUCCACACAUUUGUACUCAUUCCGAACACGAGAUAACUUCAAAGGCUUAUGUGAAAUAAGUACACUUCGAGAAGUGGUUGUGUUUCCUGGUCACAAAUGUGGAAGUGUUGAAGUAGUGGACUUGGAGAAAGUUCAGCCAGGGCAGUCAGUAUGUCCGGUGAUGAUCAGUGCUCACCAGAAUGAGCUGGCUUCUUUGGCUUUGAACCAGAGUGGCUCUAUUUUGGCCACAGCCUCACGCAAGGGUACACUGAUACGGGUGUUCAAUGUUUAUAACAAACAGCUGCUGGUUGAGCUUCGCAGAGGUUCUGAUACUGCAACAUUAUACUGUAUAUCUUUUAGUCAUGAUUCUGCCUUCUUGUGUGCCUCCAGUGACAAAGGGACAGUCCAUAUAUUUGCUAUCGAGGACACAACACUGAAUAAAAGAUCCACUUUUAAAAAAAUGGGCUUUCUUGGUCAGUAUGGUGAGUCGCAAUGGGGCCUUGCCAACUUCACUGUUCCAGCAGAAUGUGCUUGCAUUUGUGCUUUUGGCUCAGGAAAUUCUGUUGUUGCCGUGUGUGUCGAUGGGACAUUUCACAAAUACAGUUUCACAACCAGUGGUAGUUGUAACCGGGAAGCCUAUAACAUCUUUCUGGACAUUGGUGAUGAUAUGUACUAAUGUUGCAACUCUAUAGACAUUGAGGAUUAUGAGUAGCAAGAUUGGAACUUUCUGGAUAUUAGGAGCUUUCUGAACAUCAGGAAUUCCGUAUAUUAAGACUUGAGACUUCUGACAAGUGCAGAAAUUCUGCUUUCUUUGUAGCAAUGUUUAUCUAAUCUUGCUAUUGAAAAUGUUUAUUUUUUUGUUUGUUUUUUUUAGACAACUCUCU